CUGAUCAUUUUAUACUACUACAGACGUAGGUUUUUCAUACAUGAUCAUUGAGUGUUUAGACGCGCGACGCGAAACAUGUCACACGUAAGAAAAACAAAGUUUAAAAAAUUAUUACAAUAAAAAUCUCAGUCAAUUAUAAUCUAAUGUUCAGUGCUAUUCAUUUGUAAUUAUAUUUCUGUUGAUAUAAUAAAACUGUGAUAAUGACGGACAAUUUCAAUAUGAAGGAAUUUAGUUCAACUCUGUGGAUGUAUUGAAAAUAUAUGAUCCCAUUGUGUCCAAUACUAUGAUGGUGGUCAAAGUAAUAAUUGUUGAUAUACCUGCGACAAAAGUUCUUAAUGAAAAUUCCAAUGGCUUUAUUAUCUUUUUCAGUGCUGUUAUAACGGAAAACGGAGUAUAUCCAUCUACAAUAUCGAUAAACACAAUGAACACAAAAUGUAAAGAAAAGGAAGUGGAAAAGGCUUAUGAGCCCUUCGAAAACAGAAAACUGGAACAUCCUAAUUCAGAUGUUCGAUCGUUCGCAAACCUGCUGAAAUCAUCUCUUGGAUCCGGGAUCCUCGCUAUGCCAGCAGCCUUCAAAAACUCUGGAACAAUAGUCGGCAUACUCGGUACAAUCAUGUUGGGCUACAUUUGUACGCAUUGCGUAUACUUACUGGUGAAAACUUCACAAGAAGUAUCAAGGGUGUCCCGUGUACCAUCGUUAGGAUAUGCGGAAACUGUAGAAGCAGUGUUCGCGACAGGUCCGCCAACUUUUAGAAAAUUCUCAAGAGCUUCCAGAAUAUUUAUAGACUGGACCAUGGCUUUCACCAUUCUUGGCGCGUGUGCAGUGUAUGUAAUCCUACUAGUCGAUUCCGUGGUACAGAUUAUUGACCACUUCUAUCCGGGUAACGGCAUUUCCAAGACAAUGUACUGUCUGAUGUUUCUCGUACCAAUACUGGCGUUCACACAAAUCAAGAAUUUGAAAUACUUAGCGCCUUUCUCUGGAUUUGCAAAUUUGCUGUUGGUACUAACGUUUGUCAUCUGUCUUUACUACAUAUGCAUCGACUUUCCCGACCUCAGCAGCCGUCCUAUGUCGGUGGAUAUUGGAAACUUACCUUUAUUUAUUGGAACAGUUAUAUUUGCAAUGGAGGGCAUCGGAGUAGUUUUACCAGUGGAAAAUACAAUGGCUAAGCCUCAGCACUUUUUGGGUUGCCCAGGAGUACUUAACAUUACCAUGACUGUGGUUGUUCUCUUGUAUAUGUUGAUGGGCUUUCUUGGCUAUGUCAAAUAUGGAAAUCUUGCGGAAGGAAGCAUCACCCUAAAUUUACCCACAGGAAAAGAUGAAAUCCCAGCAUUGAUGGCUAAAUGCUUCAUCGUUUUUGCAAUUUUCUUCACCUAUACUUUACAAUUUUACGUGCCUAUGGAGAUCGUAUGGCGUAAUACCCAGGAAUAUGUCAGCAAAAAGCACCACAACCUAGCACAAUCAAUUAUGAGAGCCGUAUUUGCUUGUCUCACAGUAAUUUCUGCUGCGACAUUACCACGCCUGGAACAAGUAAUCGGUUUAGAAGGUGCCUUUUUCUAUUCCUUCCUUGGACUUAUAGCGCCCUCUAUUCUGGAUCUCAUGUUCUCCUGGGAGAGAGGGCUGGGAAAAUACAAAUGGAUUCUCAUUAAGGACACCGUUCUUAUAUUUUUCGGAACAUUUGUACUAGUAACAGGAGUGGUCCAAAGUGUCAGAGAAAUAAUCAGGACUAAUUCCGGUGGUAUGUGAAUUGUGAUAGUACACAUAAUAUAAUGUAAAUACAGUAUUGUUAAUUUAUUAUAUACCUGAAAAAUUUAAAUAAAGUUUCAAUUAAGGUGGUG